GAAAUCGAAGGGCAAUUUUGUUGAGGAUUUGAAAUAGUUUUGUUUCCUUUAACCUCCGCAUUUCGUUAUAUUAUUAAAAAAAAGUGUCUUCUAGGCAACACUGUGUCGCACAAAAAUAACGUCGUCGGUCACGUUCGCUCAGCUGUUCACAUCGCAUCGCUGAGGCAGGAAAGGAAUUUAUUUCAAACAUAUCUCUUUAUCCAUAAUUUAAAAUUCAUUGAGUCGACAUGACCGUACAACCUUUCCAUUAAGCUUCAUCCUGCCGGUGGUAAGAUGAGGCCCCUGAAAGACGCCCAGCUGGGGGCCUUCACUUUCUUUGCCUCAGCUCUCCCUCAUGAUGUCUGUGGGAGCAAUGGCCUCCCUCUGACCCCCAACUCUAUCAAAAUCCUGGGACGCUUCCAGAUCCUCAAGACUGUCACUCACCCCAGACUCUGUCAGUAUGUGGACAUCUCCAGAGGGAAACACGAACGGCUGAUAGUUGUUGCUGAACACUAUGAAAGCAGUUUAAGUGACUUCCAAAAACAAGGGAAAACAGCCAGCCCAGAGAAAGUGCUGCAGAUAGCCUAUGAGGUCCUUGAAGGUCUUGAGUUCAUGAACAAACACGGCAUGGUGCACAGAGCCCUCAGCGCACACAAUGUGCUCAUGGACUGCAAGGGGAAUGUCAAGCUGGCGAAGUUUGGCCUUUAUCACAUGACUGAUCAUGGAGCCGAUGUAGAUUUUCCCAUUGGGUACCCAUCAUAUCUAGCUCCAGAGGUGAUUGCUCAAGGCUCCUUCCACCCCAGUGACUCUUCCCAUGAUGAAGCUCCCCUGCCUUCAGGACCCAAGACUGACGUCUGGUCUCUGGGGGUUUUGCUCUUUGAAUUGUGUGCAGGCCGACGACUGCUGCAGAAUAUUGAUAUAAGUGAGAGACUGAAAUUCAUUCUAACCUUGGGUUGCAUGGACGAUAUUGUCACUGUCCUUGCUGAGGAACACGGUUGUCUGGAUACAAUUAAGGAGCUGCCUGAGAAUGUUCUCGAGUUAUUAAGGAAAUGCUUGACUUUUCUUCCAUCCAAAAGGGCGACCCCUGCAGAACUGCUGGGAGACCCUGUGUUUAAUGGCGUUUCCUGCCUAUACACACCCUUCCAGAAGCCUGUUAGCCUGUUCUCUUCAUCUCUGCGCUGUGCACAUCUGGAGCUCCCAGAGGACAUCAGUGACCUUUGCAAAGACGAUGACGAAGACUACUUGUCGGAGCGGGCCAUAGAUGAGGUGUACCAUCUGUGGUGUCUGGCGGGGGGAGACCUUGAGAAGGAGCUUACCAACAAGGAAAUCAUACAGUCCAAACCUCCAAUCUGCACGCUGCCCAAUUUUGUCUUGGAAGAUGGUGAAUCAUUCGGCCAGGGAAGGGAUCGGAGUUUCUUGCUUGACGACACUACAGUGACGCUGUCCCUGUGCCAGCUUAGAAAUAGACUGAAGGAUGUAGCAGGAGAAGCAUAUUACCCUCUGCUGGAAGACGAACAGUCAAGUCUGCCCCAGUCCAACAGCAGCAAUGAGCUGUCGGCCACCGUCACGCUGCCGCUCAUCAUCCGCGAGAGAGACACCGAAUACCAACUCAUCCGCAUCAUCCUCUUUGACAGGCUGCUCAAGGCCUAUCCUUACAAGAAGAACCUGGUGUGGAAAGAGGCCAGAGUGGAUAUUCCUCCCCUUGUUCGAGGUCUGGCCUGGGCAGGACUGCUGGGCAUUGAGGGAGAUAUUCAAGCCAAAUACGAGAGCAUUGACAAGGACACGCCUAUACCAACAGACAGACAGAUCGAGGUGGACAUCCCCCGCUGUCAUCAGUACGAUGAGCUGCUGUCGUCUCCUCAGGGCCACAUCAAGUUCAGACGUGUGUUGAAAGCCUGGGUGGUCUCCCACCCUGACCUGGUCUACUGGCAGGGUUUGGAUUCACUUUGUGCCCCAUUCCUCUACUUGAAUUUCAAUUAUGAAGCCCUGGCAUACGCCUGCAUGUCUGCCUUCAUCCCCAAAUACUUGUACAACUUCUUCCUGAAGGACAACUCUCAUGUUAUUCAAGAGUAUUUGACUGUCUUCUCCCAAAUGAUUGCCUUCCACGACCCAGAGCUAAGCAACCAUCUUAAUGAGAUUGGCUUCAUCCCAGAUCUGUAUGCUAUUCCAUGGUUCCUGACUAUGUUUACACAUGUGUUCCCGCUGCACAAGAUCUUCCACCUGUGGGACACACUGCUGCUGGGUAACUCCUCAUUUCCCUUCUGUAUCGGCGUGGCCAUAUUGCAGCAGCUCAGGGACCGUCUCCUGGCUAAUGGCUUCAAUGAGUGUAUCCUGCUCUUCUCUGACCUGCCAGAAAUUGACAUUGAGCGCUGUGUUCGUGAAUCCAUCACCCUCUUCUGCUGGACUCCAAAGAGCGCGACAUACCGUCAACAUGCUCAGCCGCCGAAGGCUGCUUGUGACAAUGGCUUUGGGAAAACGGCAACGUACUACUCGUCUGACUAUCAGGACAUGCCCAAGACAGACCUGUCUCGGGAGCCUCUAGCGCUGUGUGACCUGAAAGCAGAAGUGUCUCCCCGGAUCUCGGCCGAGGACUUAAUCGACCUCUGUGAACUGUCACUGGCCGGGCCUGCCAAAAGGACCAAAACCGGCAAGCCCAAAAUCAUCGCCGUCGACAUCCGCAGCAUGGAGGACUUCAGCAGAGGCCAUAUUUCGGGCAGCAUCAACAUCCCCUUCAGCACGGCGUUCGGCCCCGAUGGUGAGCUGCUGCAGUGUCCUGCAACAGGAGUCCUGCAGAACUACAGAGGACGCGUCAUCGUGGUCAUCAGCCACGUCAUGAAGAGCGCCGCUAUGUUUGCAUCACACCUGGUGAAGGUAAAUUUCCCACGGGUGUGCAUCCUGGAUGGAGGGAUCAACAAGCUGAAGCCCACCGGCCUCCUGACGGUCCCCUCCCCCCAGAUCUGACCCUGUACCUCAGCUUCACAUUGACGAGAGGAAAGACUGUUUAUCGCAUUUUGAGCUGAAAAAAAAAAAAGAAAAACCACAAAAUUUUAUUCAGACUUUUUUUAUUCAUUCUAAUUAAACUGUGAUGCAAAAUGACAAAGCUGCAGUGAAAUGAUCGCCGUCAAAACAAGUAUGAUUGAAUCGAUUUUUCUGGAACAGCUGCUAUGUGUUGUAGUAGCUUUGCACUGAUAAAUUGAGCUGUCUGUGACCAAUAUAAAUACCGUGAUGUAUGUCGGAGCUCAGCGGCGCUUUAUUAGCUAUGCCUGUAUGAUCUAAUGCAAUCCAAUACAGCUGCUCUGCCGUAAAGACUACUUUUAUUAUGUCUGUCAUGUUCUGUCUAUCUGACACCGGGGUCAACUCAAUCGUAUCUUUAGCUGUGACAAGGUCAUAGUUGCAGAAGAAUUGUACCUGACUGCUUAACACUCAGAGGUGUUUCUAACAUUCUGCCCCCAGCUAAGUAGGUAGCACAAAAAAAUUAGAGUACCACCUUUAAAGGUCAUAUUGAUAUAUAUUUAUUAAACUAGAAGAGAGGAGAAGCAGAAAUGUGCAGAAUUAAAAAAAAAAUCUCUUUUCCAUAAAAACAUUAUAAUGAUUGUGAAUCAACAACUUUGCAAUGGUAGAGAGUUGGUUCCAGGUUAUGACAAGGUUUGUCAUCGCAUGGCCUCUGUGAUUUGCCAGCGAUCAACAAUCGACAGGUAGUUGGCAGUCUGUGGAAAAAAGAAAUGGUGACAUGUUGAACAUCAUAAAGUUCAUAAAGGUAUUUAUGGCUGUUGUAUUUGAAUUGUAACAGAUAGUGCAAGUGCGCCAAAUAAAGCAGCCACUGAGUGUGUGUGUGUGUGUGCGCACGUGUGUGAGAAAUAAUAAAAAAUAACAGUGAUUUGUGUAUUUUAUUGAUUUGAUAACUAGUAUUUGCAUUUACCUUGUUUACAUGUCACUGAAUUGUCUUUGCUAUACUUACAGUUAUAUGUAUUUGCCAUGUUGUAGCAAUUGAUUAUCAUCAUGUUACACUUGUUUACAAUAAAACUAUCUCAUAAAUCUGGA